AUGCGUUAUGAAAGCGGUUCGGCUAUAAGCAGUGCCACAAUAGCAGAAGUGCCUCCGAAAGAGCAGUGGGUAAGUUUUGGACCCAACGCCCUGGUGGGGUUGAGUAUUGGCAGAGAAAUUGGUGUAAGGAAUAAGGGAGAUGUGGCUUUGCAGGCUCAUACUUUAAACAGAGAUAGUAGUGAAACGGUUGGGUAACC